UAUGGGAAUAUUCGUAGUUACCGGACUCACUUUAGAGCAUAAGAUAGUCUCACUUUGUGCCAUUUCCGAGGGAAAUGGCUGCCAUGGAUCUAGACCCACAAUGGGUUGUUGAUAGACCGCGUGACACCGUUGAAGAUGGGACCAUAGACGGAAACUGCUUGGAAGUAAGCGGGUUUCGCUCGCCGUUAUGGUUAUGUCUAGAUAGGCUUCGCCUAGCGACACCAUUAGGAUUGACUUAUGUCUGCGCAUUGGUCAUGGAAGUCUUUGAGAGCGUUGCGGAGGAUAUCCGAUCCUACGCCAGACGUGGUCUGCAGUUGGAUGUAGCAGCCGCGCCUUGCGGGUGCGAAUCUGUUGGAAUGUCAGAAGACAGGACCUUGCUGUCGCAGCGAGUAUAG